GAGCUUAGCGGGGACGGGGACGAGGACGAGGACGAGGAAACCUUUGAGCUGCGGACCCCGAGUCCAGCGGGCGGCGGGAGGCGCCGAGGAAUGUGGCGAGGCCGGCUGGGCGGCUCGAACGCCUGGGUCCCCCUCCGCUCCCAGUUCGCAAGCGCGGAGGCCAGAUGCGAGAGCUCCCGCUGCGGAGACCUGGACGAGGGAGAGAAGUCAUCCCAGGAUUGGGGUCUGUGGAGGGGACCCCACGGAGAGGGAGGUGGGGGCUCUUUGAGGACCCCUCCUCAUUACCCUGCCACUCAGGACAGAACUCUCGGCUUUCCCCGGGAGGCAGUGUGGAAGAAGGGAAAAUGAGGAGGAGAGGGUGCCUUGGAGCCUGGCAGAAAGAGCUCACCUCUCCUGUUUCAAAGAUGGGGAAACUAAGGCCCGGAGACGGGAAGAGACUUGCCCAAGGUUCCACAGGUCCCCUGGAAGUGACGCUGACUCAGCCAGUGAGGAGCGGGCCUGUCUCCAACAGGCUGCAGAGCUGGGAGGAGACUUGGAGCCUCAUCCCGGAGAAAGGGCUGCCGGAGGACGACCCGGACAUCGUUGUGAAAGGUUGGCUGUACCGGGAGCCCCGCGGAGGAGGGGCGCGGCCCUGGCUGCCCCCGCGCCGAGCCUGGUUUGUGCUCACGCGGGACUCCCUGGAUCAGUUCAGCAGCAGCGGGAAAGGGGCGCGGCGUCUCGGGAGCCUCGUGCUCACCAGCCUGUGCUCGGUGACCGGCCCAGAGCGCAGGCGUAAGGAGACAGGUCUGUGGUCAGUGACUGUGUCUGGUCGGAAACACAGUGUCCGCCUCUGCUCCCCACGCCAGGCAGAGGCUGAGCGCUGGGGGGUGGCAUUGCGGGAAGUGAUCGCCUCCAAGGCACCCCUGGAGACCCCCACCCAGCUACUGCUCAGGGACAUACAGGAAAGUUGCGGGGACCCAGAGGCCGUUGCCCUCAUUUACCUGAGGAACCCGAUUCUGAGACACACUAGUGGAGCCUUGUACGCCCCGCUCCUGCCCCUGCCCUAUGGAGUCAGCGCCCCAGGUCCGGGCUAUGCACCCCUGCGCGAGGAGGCGGUGCGGCUGUUCUUGGCGCUGCAGGCGCUGGAGGGGGCGCGGCGCCCUGGGCCCUUGAUGCAGGGUGUGCUCCAAACCUGCCGGGACUUGCCCGCGCUCCGGGAUGAACUCUUCCUGCAGCUGGCUAAGCAGACCUCCGGCCCUGCAGGCCCCCCCGGGCUCCCGGCUACCCAAGACCCUGCGGCCCUGCGGUACUGGCAACUCCUCACCUGCAUGAGCUGCACCUUCCGACCUGGGGGAGCUGUGCGGGGGCACCUCCUGGGGCACUUGGAGAGGACCGAGCAGGCACUCCCGGACUCGGAACUUGCGGAAUAUGCGCGCUUCAUCCGGAAAGCGCUGGGCCGGACGCGCGGCCGAGAGCUGGUGCCCUCGCUGGCGGAGAUUUCCGCGUUGAGCCAACGGCAGGAGCUGCUGUGUACCGUGCACUGUCCGGGGGCUGGUGCCUGUGCUGUGGCCAUCGACUCCCACACCACGGCGGGGGAGGUGGCUCGAGAGCUGGUGGGGCGGCUGGGCUUGGCCCGGAGCCGCAACGCAUUCGCGCUGUACGAGCAGCGAGGCGCCCAGGAGCGAGCCCUGGCUGGGGGGACCCUCGUGGCCGACGUGCUCACCAGGUUUGAGAACUUGGCCGCGGAGGAAGCUGGGUUGGAGGACUCGCCUGACUCCGGGUGGAGACUAUGUCUGCGUCUUCACGGACCUCUGCACCCUGAGGGGCUGUCCCCAGACGGUCACGAACUGCCUUUCCUCUUUGAGCAGGCUCACGCUCUGCUGCUGCGGGGCCGGCCGCCCCCACCCGACGACACGCUGCGCGCCCUGGCGGCGCUGCGCCUGCAGAGCCUGCACCGGGACUUCUCUCCGCGGGUGCCCCUGCCCCGCCUGGACCGCCUGCUCCCGCCCCCGGCCCCGCCGCGCGAAGACCCGCCCCGCCCGACCUCCAGGCCGCCCCCUUCCGCUGCCCUGCUGGCCGGGGCGCUCUGGAGCCCGGGCCUGGCCAAGAGGCGGGCGGAGCGGGCCCGGCGCGGCGGGGCCGGCCGCACUGCGGGAAGCAUUGCCCGCGAGGGAGGAGGCGGCGCCGGCACGGCAGCUGCCGUGCUGGGCGGCUGGAAGCGGCUACGGGGCAUGGGCCGAGCUGAGGCCAUGGCCGCCUACCUGGCCCUGGCGGCGCAGUGUCCGGGGUUCGGCGCUGCUCGGUAUGACGUUCUGGAGCUGAGCACGGAGCCUGGUGGGGGUGCUCCACAGAAGCUGUGCCUGGGCUUGGGAGCCAAGGCCAUGUCCCUCUCCCGGCCGGGGGAGACAGAGCCCAUCCACAGUGUCAGCUAUGGCCAUGUGGCCGCCUGCCAACUAAUGGGCCCCCACACCCUGGCCUUGAGGGUAGGAGAGAGCCAGCUCCUCCUGCAGAGCCCCCAGGCAGAGGUUGCAGUGAGCCGAGGCACUUCAGCCUGGCAACAGAGCAAGACUCCGUCUCAACAACAACAACAACAACAACAACAACAGAAUGUUAGAAGAGCAGAAAGAACCAAGUAUAACUGGCACAUAGAAAUGAAGGAGAGAGGCUGGGCGCAGUGGUUCAUGCCUGUAAUCCCAGCACUUUGGGAGGCCAAGACGGGCAGAUCACGAGGUCAGGAGAUCGAGACCAUCUUGGCUAACACGGUGAAACCCCGUUUCUACUAAAAAUACAAAAAAUUAGCCGGGCGUGUUGGCGGGCGCCUGUAGUUCCAGCUACUCGGAAGGCUGAGGCAGGAGAAUGGCGAGAACCCGGGAGGCGGAGCUUGCAGUGAGCUGAGAUCGUGCCACUGCACUCCAACCUGGGGGACACAGCGAGACACAGCGAGACUCCAUCUCAAAAAGAAAAAAAAAAGAAGGAGAGAGUGGUGAUAAGGAAGGAAAGGUUGCAGGGCCAGAGCACGUAGGACCCUGGUGGGGAAGCUGGAGCCCUAGAGCCUGGAGAAAGGAUGAGAAAAAGAAGAGAACCUGGCAGCCCCUGUUGCACACUGACCUCUGC